GUACGAAACUAAACUUUAAAAUGUGCAAUUCUAAAUUGGCUUAAAACCAUCCCUACCGCCACUAACCUUUCUGCGAUAGGCAGAGAUAGUAGUACAUUUUACACAACACCCUGCUGCUGCUGCUGGCGCUUACGGCAAACCUCGCUGAAUAAUUCUGUCAAUCCGGUUUGUUAAAUUUGGCUUCAUCUAACGGAUUAACCGUUAUUAUUAAUUACUUUCAUCAGAUUUUAACCAAGUAAUUCCGUUGAACCAUGUCGUGCGCGAGCAAUUAAGCUAUUUAACUGUUUACGCAGUUGCCGACUAAGGGAUCAAUGAAAUUCAAAUCGUAACAAAAUGCGGAGGAAAUUCUACAUAUUGGUGAAGUAUAUUGCUGAAACAUGUGUGAAGUGGCUACCAAAACCUGGACAGCAAGCGAGAACUCAUUUAGUUAUUUUAUAUUCAGUCACAUUUUUUCUUAUUUUGCCUACCCUCUGCCACAAACUACCUUUCUCUGUUUACUACCAUGCUGGUCAUGCUGACAAGGAUGACGGGAUUAGAAAGUUUAAUGAUGAGAAUGAUGAAAGACUUAAACUGUCUCGCAACUUUUUGAAAGAUACUUUCAGUAGCAUGAAGCGUCUACCUAAUUCUCCCUUGGUUACAUCAAAACUCAACUUUCCAGAAGAUGCCUUAACUUUAUUUGGCCAACCCAAAUUGAAAGUUGAUAUAGCACUAACUAUAAUUACAGUAUCCCGAAAUAGGCACAAGUUUAAUAAUUAUGAGCCACACUACCUUACACAAGCUGUUUGGCGAUAUAUGGAAUUACUUUUGAGUUCUGAAAAUCGACAAAGAAAUGUAAAACUUUCUCUGUGUAAUGUUGAUCGUGAUCCAGAUACCUACCAUGAAACUCGCAACCUCUCUUCUUUUAUUCAAACUUUUCAACGGUUCCCCACAAAAUCUUCCUAUUCUUUUGAAGUAUUUGAAAAAGAAAAAGAAGACUAUGUAUACUGCCUCAAUGCUUCCCUUGUAUGGAAACCAAGUUUUGUAUUGCUUGUUGAGGACGACAGCCUGCCCACAAAUGAUAUGUUUCGGGUUUUGUACCAUGUUCUUGACUACAUAUACCAUGUUAAAAACCAGCAUGGCUCAUAUCAGCAUUUUCCUGAACAGUGGUACUUAAAACUCUAUCAUCCAGAUCGACUGCUGGGAUAUUGGAGCAUAGAAGUGGAAAGAAUACCGGAACUAAUAUCCCUGAGUUUAGUUUUUGGUGUAUUAGUUCUUCUUAUUUAUCGGUGUAUUGGGAUGAAAAAUGUUUUUAGAAAUAUCAAUGCUUCCUGGUUUCUUCUCAGUCUCUAUUUCUUCUUGCUUUUUAUUGCCAUUGGAAGACAGAACUUACUUGAAUUUAGACGAUUGUCCAAACAUUUUUACAUGUUGACACCUUCACCUUCAUGUUGCACACCAGCAAUAUUAUAUACUAAUGCAACUGCUAAAACUGUUAUAGACUACCUUAGCCAUGUGCGUUGUAAGAGUAGGUUUGCCAAAGAUAUGGCAUUGGAGCAGUUACGUUCUGAGACUCACCUGAAAGCCUAUCUUUUGCAGCCAAAUCUUUUUAAACACAUUGGUCUGUAUUCUUCUUUGCGAUCAAAGAUUCUCAGUCCUGGGGUCGUAUGAUUAAGUUAUUCUUCAAUUAUUAUUUAUUUCCCUUUAGCUUGUCAUAUUUCAAACUGCAUAUGAAAGGUGGUGGUGGUGUGUGUGGGGGGGGUUACAUCUUUAAAUCGGUCUUUUUUAUUUUGCCUUUAAUUCGGUCCUGCUUUCAUUUCUGUUACUGCUACUAUUGUAGCAUUCUGUAUUUAAAAUGCUGCUUUCAUACCAUUUUGUCAAACUAAAGAUUUAUUUAUUUUUUUACUAAAUUUAAUAAAAAAUAUACGUAUUGUUGGAACAAUUUUUAAAGGCUUUUACUACUGAAUGCCAUUCCUAAUGUUCACUCACAUGAAAUAUGAAUAGAACGGAACUAAUCAAAUUGAGUACUGUUCUUUCUCUGAGGUACACUACAACGGGUUAUACUCUAUUUGAACUUAUGCAUCGUAUACUCAGUAGACCAGCAUCUUAACCUCUCAGCCUUUCUGCUUCACCUUUAUAAUACAUAAAACUUUAUUCUAUCUCGUUUCUCGUUUAACUGUUAUCAUGAAGAUAUUUACUGUUUCAAAAUAAUGUAACUACGCAGUCCAUAUAAACUGUAUUUCUUUUUCACCUAUCUGUCCCCCUACAUGGCCUUGCUCCCCCUGCAUGGCCUUGCUCCCCCUACAUAGCCUUGCUUUUUGCUUUUUGAGCCAAAAAUUAACUAACUAACUAACUAAUUACUAAAUACAACUAUACUAUUAGCUCCUUCAGUUUAACUACUUUGUUGAGGCAGGAUAACAUGAGAAAUGUUACA